AUAAUGGACCUGCAGAAUUAUUCCUUGGUGUCAGAAUUUGUGUUGCAUGGACUCUGCAAUUCACAACAUCUCCAAAAAUUUUUCUUUAUAUUCUUCUCUGGGAUCUAUGUGGCCACUGUUCUGGGUAACCUCAUUAUUGUGGUCACUAUAAUAUCUGACCCCUACCUGCACUCCUCCCCUAUGUACUUCCUCCUGGGGAAUCUCUCUUUCCUGGACAUAUAGCUUGCUUCAUUUGCCACUCCCAAGAUGAUCAGGGACUUCCUUAGUCAUCGAAAGCUCAUCUCCUUUGGAGGAUGUAUGGCUCAAAUCUUUUUCUUGCACUUUGUUGGUGGGGCUGAGAUGGUACUUCUUGUUACCAUGGCCUAUGACAGAUAUGUGGCCAUAUGCAAACCUUUGCAUUACAUGACGGUGAUGAGCUGGCAGACUUGCACGGGGCUGGUGUUGGUUUCAUGGGUCAUUGGAUUUGUGCCCUCCAUCAGUCAGGUAGCCUUUACUGUAAAUUUACCUUACUGUGGCCCCAAUGAGGGCAGCUUCUUCUGUGACCUACCUCUUGUGAUCAAGGUUGCCUGCAUGGACACCUACGUCUUGGGUAUACUUAUGAUCUCAGACAGUGGGUUGCUUUCCAUGAGCUGUUUUCUGCUCCUCCUGAUCUCCUACACUGUUAUUCUCAUCACUGUCCGACAGCAUGCUGCUGGUGGAGUAUCCAAAGCACUCUCAACUUGCUCUGCACACGUCAUGGUAGUCACACUCUUCUUUGGGCCCUGCCUUUUCAUUUACUUGUGGCCUUUUAGUUGGUUCUCUGUGGACAAGCUCCUCUCUGUGUUUUACACCAUUUUUACUCCACUCUUGAACCCCCUUAUCUACACACUGAGAAAUAAGGAGAUGAAAAUAUCUAUGAAGAAACUGAGAAACCGACAUGUGACUUUUCACUGA